AUGUCAACUCCAGCUGAGUCGGGAAAGGCGGAGGCGAAAAAUAUGGAUCGACGCAUGAGCCUGGGGAAGUACGUGAAGAGGAUGAGCAGUGUUUUCAAGAGGGAGAAGUCGAACAAGACUGUUGAGUUGGCCGCGCCGGUUGUACCUUCCGUGCACGAGGCCGAACAACAAAGCGCAAAGAAAGAGGAAGCCGCGCCCGUUGUUACUGCAACGCCGGAAGAAUCUCUCGCUGUGCCAGCUGCUAUCUACCGCCACCAUUUCGCAGCCAACAUCUGCGAUUGUGACGAAACAGCUUGA